GGGUAACCUUUCAUGGUCUUUCACUGUACAGCCGAUCCCACACGCCCUUCUCUCUCUCUCUCUCUCUCUCUUUGUUUCUUCGUCUUUUCAUGCUCUCCUUUCUCUUCUUUUUCUUCUUUUUUUUAAUUUUCCCCUUUUACUUUCCGUUUCUCUCUCUUUCACUGAUACAAAGUAAGAUUUUCCUCAGCGUCUGGCAUGAGCUCAACACCGUAUUUCUCUCCCCAAUUCCCCUCUCUCGAUGUUUUCGAAAGAAAGGAAAGUGAAGUAUUACCGGUAGAGGGGAGUCACCGGAGCUGGGAGACUAGAAUCGACGGUGGUAUGGACUUGGACUUUCGCCGGCAGCCGCAUGCGGUGGAGUUCGACGUUGAUUUCUGGCCCGUUGAACAUCCUAUGGAACCACAAGAUGAAGAUCGUCCUGUUAAAUGCCCAAUGUCAGCUGCUUCGUCCAUCAAUGAUGGAAAAGGGCAUGAAGAAAUGGUAGUCGGAGAGAGUUCGCGUAAGAGAUCAGAACAACCACAAACGGUGAACGGAAUUGGGGUGGCAGCAAUGAUGGAGCCACUGGUAAGAGCGGUGCGUAAAAGGCAACACACGCUCACCCGCGACAACCACAUAACGGUGGAGCCUCGUAUCGGAAAACCGUCUCUCCCUCCGAUCCCGAUCCCGACUCCAACUCUUACCGGUUCCCAAAUGCUUCAACAACUUGACAAAGCUUAACUCAUUUACCAAAAAAAAUUACCCAUCUUUUUUUUUUCAAUGCAUUUGGAGAGUUGAGAAAAUUGAAAAUUUUCCCUUUUAUGCAGGAAAGGGAAAAUCCAAGAAAAUUUGUAACCCAGGCUUUCAUAAUCUAGUGCUAGCAUGUUGAGAUCCUUUA